GGAGGUGGAAUCUGGUACCCCAGGACUGCUGCAGCCCAGACCAACCAACCCACUGGGAGAGAUGCCUGGGGGUCCCGGAGUCCUCCAAGUGCUGCGCGCCACCAUCGAGCUCUUCUUCCUAAUCUCUGCUGUUGGCCUGGGCCCCAGGUGCCAGGCCCUGUGGGUGGACGAGGGCCCGCCCUCAGUGACCGUGAGCCCAGGGGAGGAGGUCCACAUCCCGUGCCUGUACAACCACAGCAGCCGCGACAGCACCUUCAACGUCACGUGGUGGCGCAUCAUCCAAGGCAAUGUCACCUGGCCCGACAUGUUCUGGAGCUACGGCCAGGGCCCCCGCAAGCGGCUCCCCAGACCCUUCCUGGACAUGGGAGAAGCCACCAAGAACAACCUCAUCACAGCCGAGGGCAUUGUCCUGCUCUUCUGCGCCGUGGUGCCUGGGACCCUGCUGCUGUUCAGGAAACGAUGGCAGAAUAUGAAGUUUGGGAUGGAUGCCCCAGAUGACUACGAAGAUGAAAACCUAUAUGAGGGCCUGAACCUGGAUGACUGCUCCAUGUAUGAGGACAUCUCCCGAGGCCUCCAGGGCACCUACCAGGACGUGGGCAGCCUCCACAUAGGAGAUGGGGACGUCCAGCUGGAGAAGCCCUGACCCUGUGGGCUGCCCUGGCUGGCUGGGCUGCCAGCUCUGGUGUCCCCCUCCCCGCCCCCUCCGGUUCUCUUUUCAUCAUCUUUCCCGGGAGUGUCCUGACUCAACUUCCCCCUUGAGCAUGUCUGCUCUUCUUCCUUCUAGACUAUCCUCAUCCCCCUGCACAUACCCCAAUUCAGCCCUCCCCCUGCAGCUUUUCCCAGCCUCCCCCCCAUACCCAGCGGGUAAUGAGCCCUUAAUCGCUGCCUCCAGGGGACCUGAUUGCUGAGCCUCGUUAGUGUCCCCUCCCCCUCCCUGCUCUGUCAUGGCCACUUAGUGAUAAUAAAUCCCUCCCUACGCAGA